AUUGUGAUCCUGUCAUUCCGACUUCUGGAUAUGGAGGCGGACCCCAGCUGUAGGUACGACUACCUCAACAUCUACAAUGGACACAGCGAGAAUUCCCAGAGGCUGGCGCGAGUCUGUGGAACCUUCCGACCCGGCACCAUUAUGUCUACCGGACCCCAGAUGAUGCUGGAGAUGGGAUCGGAUGAGGAGACCGGAGGACGCGGCUUCCUAGCCUGGUACGCGGCAGGAGCACCAGCGCUUAAUGAAAACCUCUUCUGUGGAGGGAAGCUGGAGAAACCUCAGGGAAGUAUAACAAGCCCAAGCUGGCCCAAGACUAAUUACCCCAGCGGGUGUCAGCUGCUCCUGGCAUAUCCUUGCCCCGAAACACCAGGUGAUCGAGCUCUCAUUUGGAAAGUUUGAUGUUGAAGACGACAGUUACUGCCGCUACGAUUACCUGGCCGUGUUCAACGGAGGACAGACAGAC